AUGGUUGAUUAUGCCUUUCAAUACGCUAUUCCUCCUAUUGUUUCAACACUACAACCAAGGGAUGAGGAAACAUGUAUUUUUACGGAUAAUGGAAGCUAUCUCCAACAACGGUUCACUACCAACAUUGAUGCGACUGGUAAAAAAGGUCUAAGUGCUUUACAAAAGUGUACUGCAACUCUUCGUAUGCUAGCAUACGGGGUGGUUGCUGAUCAAGUUGAUGAGUACCUCCGAAUUAGCAAAAGCACAACACAAAAAGCACUCACUCAUUUCACAAAGGGAAUAAUCAACCAAUUUAGGCAACAUUAUUUGAGAAAACCAACACCACAAGAUUUGACGAGAUUAUUGGCCUUUAGUGAAGAACGAGGAUUCCCUAGCAUGAUUGGUAGUGUUGAUUGCAAGCAUUGGGAGUGGAAGAAUUGCCUAGCAGCAUGGAAAGGGCAAUAUCAAGGCCGAGGUGGUGUUUCGACAUUAAUUCUUGAAGCUGUUGCUGAUCAUGAAUUAUGGAUAUGGCAUGCCUUUUUUGGGAUGCCAAGUUCAUAUAAUGAUCUCAACGUGCUAUAUCAAUCACCACUUUUAAUUGAUUUGUUUGAAGGAAGGGCACCACCUGUCAAUUUCAAGGCUACUUUUAUUCAGUCUAUUACUAAACCACAAACACCAAAAGCAAGGUUAUUUGCCCAACAUCAAGAUGCAAAAAGAAAGGAUGUGGAGCGAGCAUUUGGGGUGUUGCAAGCUCGAUUUGAAAUAAUUAGAAAGCUCUCACUUGCUUGGGAUGAAGAACGACUCUCCGAUAUAAUUACUUUUUGUAUGAUUAUACAUAAUAUGAUAGUGAAAGAUGAAAGAGUUACAUAUACACACUAUGAUGAUUGUAGAGAGCUCAUGAGAGAUCGCCCAAAAGGUCAAUUGGAAGGUACAAGUGGAUUAAAUGAUGAGUUUGAAUAUUACACAGAUAGAAUUGUUGAUAUCAACCGAUACUUGAAAAAUAAGGAUGAUGUUGAAGAUCGACAAACACAUUUAUCCUUAACCGAUGACUUAGUUGAAAAUAUCUGGCAAAAGUUUAGGACGAACCGCAAUUAA